CGUCGUCGUCGUCGUCGUCGUCGUCGUCGUGGUGUCUGGGCAGAGGUGCGAUGGCGGCCGGGCCUUCGGGCUGUUCUGUCACUCUUGUCGCACUUGUAAUGGCCUUAUUUCUUGUAAGCGGUAAUACUGGGCAGCAGACGUCCCAGGUGCAUCUGCAACUUGUAACUUUAAAGGCAACUUAAAAUCCAAAAUACUUCUGCGGCUGUGACUUCCAGGACCCUCAUCAAACUCAAGUUUUCCUCAUCUGAGAGAAAUGGCUUUCAACUUUUCUACAUCAUUAUUUCUAGACCCCCAAAAAUGCUCACGUAAAGAUGCAGACUGCUGAAUAGCAAAACUAAGAUAUCUGACAGCAGCCUUCCCUGUUUUAGUGCUUUUCGUGGAUUUCUUAGUAAUUCACGGGUGUCUCUUCUGCCUAAGCCUAGGGAUUACGCAGUACCAGCCAAAAGCAUUUUAUUGGGGAGUUGUUGCUGCUGUCAAAGCAAUAAUUUAAAGUACUUAUAUGCACUGUAAUUAAGAAAAAGAAUUGAAAAUCUUCACAUCUGUUUUAUUUUUUAUCAAAUAUAUUUAGAUCGUGGGGAAAAAAGUCUUUACAUAAGAAGACAGUAGAUAUUCAGGAGAAAAACACAGGUUGAGACAAUUCAAUAAUUAUGGCAAAGGAUAAGAAGAAAGAUGGCAAGAAAUCAGAAAAAUUUGUGCGUUCUUCUGCUCCUGCACAAGACGCUGCAGUUGAGAGCAGCUCGGUGAAGCCGGCAAGUCUGCCAACCUUGGAUGGAGGAGAAGACCCACAAGCGAAUCCUUUGGUACCGGACGAAGAGCCGGAGGCAGUGGAAGAACCUCCAGUCCAACAUGUUCUUCCACACCCCGAGGAGCCUCUUCUUGCUCGAAUUAUUGUAGAAAGGUAUGAAGGAGAAAAAGUCCAUGGACUGUAUGAGGGUGAAGGUGUCGCAUAUUUUGAGGGCGGGAAUACAUACAAGGGCAUGUUUUCUGAGGGACUUAUGCAUGGACAAGGGACUUACACAUGGGCUGAUGGAGUGAAGUACAAGGGGACUUUUGUUAAGAACGUACAGAUGUAUAAUGGCUGUUAUACAUGGAGUGAUGGCAGCACGUAUGAAGGAUCAAUCAGCAAUGGCGUUAGGCAUGGAUUUGGACUGUUCAGAAGUGGUACACGUCCAGUUUCUUACGCUGGCUGCUGGUGUAAAGGCAAAAGACAAGGAAAGGGUACCAUUUACUAUAACCAGGAACAUACCUCUUGGUAUUCAGGUGACUGGGUAAAUAAUAACAAAGAAGGAUGGGGAAUUAGAUGCUAUAAGUCUGGAAAUAUCUAUGAAGGUCAGUGGGAGAAAAAUGUACGUCAUGGAAAAGGAAGAAUGAGGUGGUUGACAGCUAAUCAAGAGUAUAUAGGACAGUGGGAACAUGGCAUACAGCACGGGUUUGGCACCCACAUAUGGUUUCUGAGGAGGAUGCCUUUGUCUCAGUAUCCUUUAAGGAAUAAAUACAUAGGUGAUUUUGUAAAUGGGGAUCGUCAUGGACAUGGGAGGUUCAUAUACGCCAGUGGAGCAGUGUACGAUGGAGAAUGGGUUUGCAAUAAGAAGCAUGGCAGGGGCAAGUUUGUCUUCAAGAGUGGGCAUGUUUAUGAAGGAGAGUUUAUAGAUGAUCAUAUAGCAGAAUAUCCUGCUUUUCAAGUGGAUACAUUGAUUGUACAAGAUCUGAAUGCCAUUUGCACACAAAGUCCUUUUGGCACUGAAACCAUCAGAAUAGUUAAUGGUUCAAGAAAUACUUCUCUUCUGGGACCAAAUAUUGAAUUAGAUAUAUCUUCACUGCUUGACCUCUUCCCAAAGGAAAAAAGACAAGAAGAAGUGAAACAAACAGAAUUUGCUGUGUUGAGACAUAUGACGGAGCUGAGAAGAAUUUACAGCUUCUACAGCAGCUUAGGCUGUGAUCAUUCCCUUGACAACACCUUCCUGAUGACUAAGCUCCAAUUUUGGCGAUUUCUGAAGGACUGCCAGUUUCAUCACUGCAACUUAACUCUUGCUGAGAUGGACCGGAUCUUGAGUGGUGAUAAAAUACCACUGGAAGAGAUACAUUCUCCAUAUGAGACCUUACUGUUCAGAGCAUUUUUAUCUUGCCUUAUUCGUCUAGCAUUUCAUAUCUAUCAUAAGGAACACAAAGAAGAAGGUCCUUAUCUGCAUAAGUGUUUCUUAGAAAUGAUGUGCAGGAAUGUUAUUCCCACUGCCUGUCAUACACAAGGUAUUUUAUUUUCUGAACGUGCUGCUUGUGCCAUGAGCUACAUUGACAAAUGCUGGGAAAUAUACAGAGCUUUUUGUAGACCAAGUACCAAGUCUCCAUUUGAACCCACAAUGAAAAUGAGACAUUUCCUUUGGAUGUUGAAAGAUUUCAAGCUUCUAAGCAAGCAAUUAACUGCUCCAAGACUUGUGGAAAUACUUGUCAAAGAUCAUCCCUUUCUGUGUGAUGGCAGUAACAGCAACCUGGAGCAGGAGUUGGUUUUUCUUGAAUUUGUUGAAGCUCUUCUGGAUUGUGCACUGGUGUAUGUUACCAGGGAUGUGAUUAAGCAGCAAGUAGAUCAUUGUAGUCAGAAAGGAAGUAGCUUUAGAAUUGAAAAUCUCUCCGAGGGAACCACAGCUAUGUCUCAGUACCCAGAAUGUUCUCUGUCCCAGACCAUUUACAGCAGAAGUGUAAUUAGUAGAGACAUAAAUGAUGAAAUUUCUCAGGCAGCUGAGCCCUACACUUGCCCAUGGUUGUCUUCAAGCAAAAGUGUCCUAUCAAAAGACAAAACAAAGAUGCAUGAGUCACUGAGACGCUGUGAAGACAGAGGGCUGUCUUUUCCAGAAUUUCAUAUGGCACAUGCAGAUGUCAAAGAUACUCGGUCAUUGUUCAGCUGGGAUACAGAAAAAGGACAAGGUUUCUGCCCAGCAAAGGAAUUGGCAGGAGUCAUAGAUGCUGAAUUGUCAUCAGAUUACUAUGAAAUUAAGAUAUUUAUGAUAGGAUUAAAGGGGAACGUUUAUGUUCUGGUGCCAUGCCGAAACCAGUAGCUCUGAAGAACCACAAAAAGGCCUUCCCCUUUCACACACGUCAGUUACAAGUUUCUCACAUUUGGCAUAUUCCAUACCAUGCAGAAGCAAGUGUGCAUCACCCACAAACAUGGAGAGGCUGGGAACACCAUAACCAGCGCAGCCAGACUUUUCCAUUGCAGAGUAUCGGAUCUGAAGGAUUGUAGCCCAAGAAGAGUUUGAAAAGAAAUACCUUGUUAAAUAAACUGUGUAAUUUACAUGUUACAGAAAAACUAGAAGACGACAAAAAUGA